UGUUUGUCCGACCGUCGCUCCAACAAUGCAGCUUUUAAUGGUGCUGUGAGCGCUGCGAGACGGAAACGCUGCAACACCGCAGGCUUGCCUGGAGACUGUAGUCGUUGAAAUUAAACACUGCGGGAUUAUUAACAUUUGUCAAGCCUUUCAGACGGAUUUGUCUCAAUUUUCAGGACAACAUGGAACCCUUCUGCUGAGGCAGUAAUGAAAAUAUUGCAUCCACAGAGGUUUGAAUCUGCCAGUAGCUCAGGGAGGAAUAUUCUUAUCAAGAGGAGCUGAUAUGUUGGCCAAAGGUUCCUGUGUUAAGAAGAAGGAAGAGGAGCGUUUGCGGAUGAGGGGUCAGACAAUGAAGACUACUGGGAGGAGCAACAGCUGCCAAUAGUCUUACUGACCUGUGAUCAGCCAUGCCACCCCUGCAUCACCUGUCAAGGGACAACCCCUAUUCAUAUGCAGGACUGCUUUGUUACUUACAUUUGGAAGAAUAGCCAAACCUCACAACAGAAAUGGCAUCAGCUUUUGUAGACUAUAAUACAUCAGAAUACAUAUUAGAGUUCAGGUGAGGCUCGGCCCACAAGACUCUCAGGUGGUAAGACACUACAGAUGACUUUUACAGGAGGCCACAACCCAGCUUAGAUGAUUUAAUAUCCAUCCCACUACCUUGUUGACAAGGUCGACCAUGGCUGCUGCUGCUGCUCACCAUAGCAACGGUUCUUUGGAGAAGCAAGGAACAGACUAAGUUGGCCAACAAUGCAGCGUAACGGUGGCGGGGUGGGUGUCGGAGGUCAGCCAUGGGUGCUGCGCCGCGUGCGCCUCACAUGGCUCAGUUUCAUGCUCUUCUUCAUUUUGGUCUUCUUUCCACUCAUUGCUCACUACUACCUCACUACCAUUGAUGAAGCUGGCGGUCCCGACAAGCGCAUCUUCGGGCCUCGGCCUGGCGGCGAACUAUGCGAGGCCAAACACGUGCAGGACCUGUGCCGCAUCCGCGAGUCUGUCAGCGAGGAGCUGCUGCAGCUGGAAGCCAAGAGGCAGGAGCUCAAUGGGGAGAUCGCCCGACUCAACCUACGGAUCGAGGCCUGCAAACGCAGCAUUGACAGUGCCAAGCAGGAUCUGCUGCAACUGAAGAAUGUUAUCAGCCAAACUGAGCAUUCCUAUAAAGAACUGAUGGCUCAGAACCAGCCCAAGCUGUCGCUGCCUGUCAGACUACUACCAGACAAAGAUGAUCCAGGACUGCCACCACCCAAGUCUGCACAUUCCUGCCGCCUUCGCUCAUGCUUCGACUACGCGCGCUGUCCUCUUACAUCUGGAUUUCCUGUGUAUGUCUAUGACACAAGCUCCUAUCCAUGGGGGGACUAUCUUGACCCACUGGUGAAGCAGGCUUUUGCUGCAUCUGUUAAGAGCAACAGUUAUGUUACAGCUAAUCCCAGCAUUGCCUGCUUGUAUCUUGUGCUGGUGGGGGAGAUACUGGACUCCUCUUUUCCACCAUCUCCAUCAGAGCUGGAGAAGCAACUGAAAGCUCUGCCUUACUGGAGAUCUGAUGGACACAACCAUGUAGUGGUGCAUCUUUCUAGAAAAUCUUUGACACAGAACUUCCUGUAUAAUGUGAGCACAGGACGAGCAGCAGUGGCUCAGUCCACUUUUCUGGAGCAGCAGUACCGGGAGGGCUUUGACUUGGUGGUGUCCCCACUGGUUCAUGCUCUCUCAGAGCCAAACUUUCUGGAAGUGCCACCACAAGUUCCUGUAAAGAGGAAGUACCUUUUCACCUUUCAGGGUGAGAGGGUGGAGUCCCUGAGGAGCAGUCUACAGGAGGUGCCCCCUCAGUCAUUUGAGGAGGAAAUGGAGGGAGAUCCACCAGCUGAUUACGAUGAUCGGAUAAUUGGCACCUUAAAAGCGGUGCAGGACAGCCACCUGGAUCAGGUACUGGUGGAAUUUACCUGCAAGAGCCCGAGGCCAAGUUUGCCAACAGAGUGGGCUCUUUGUGGGGAGAGGGAGGACAGGCUGGAGGUGCUCAAGGCUUCUACCUUUGCCCUUGUGAUCGCCCCAGGGGAUGGACAGCUGGUGGCCUCAGCGGGCUGUGGCAUGAGGCUGUUUGAGGCCUUAGAAGUAGGGGCCAUUCCUGUGGUCCUGGGGGACCACUCCAGACUACCUUACCACCAGUUUAUCCGCUGGAGUGAAGCUGCCAUCAUAGUUCCCAAACCCCGUGUGACAGAGCUUCACUUCCUGUUGCGCAGCCUAUCAGACAAUGACAUGCUAACUAUGAGGCGGCAGGGACGCUUUCUGUGGGAAACUUACUUUUCAACUUCAGAGAAUGUUCUCAACACCAUCCUGGCCAGUAUCAGAACCAGCAUCCAAGUCCCUGCUGCACCCAUCAAGGAUGAGCCUGCCCAUGAGAUUCCUCACAAAGCUGGGAAGCUGGCAGGAACUGAUGCAAACCUGGCUGACAAUGGUGAUCUGGAUCUGGGUCCUGUAGAGACAGAACCCCCUUACGCCUCCCCUCGCUUUCUCCGCAACUUCACAUACACAGCUGCAGACACCUACAGAGCAUGGAACCGGGCCCCGGGGCCUUUUCAUCUGUUUCCUCAUACUCCUCUGGACCCCGUGCUGCCCUCUGAAGCUAAAUUCCUUGGCUCUGGUACUGGUUUCAGGCCAAUCGGUGGAGGCACAGGGGGCUCUGGGAAGGAAUUUCAGGCUGCUCUGGGUGGGAACGUUCCCCGAGAGCAGUUCACCGUGGUCAUGUUGACUUAUGAGAGGGAGGAGGUGCUGAUGAACUCUUUGGAAAGGUUGAACGGGCUGCCGUACCUUAACAAAGUAGUGGUGGUGUGGAAUUCACCCAAGCCACCUUCAGAUGACCUGCUGUGGCCAGACAUCGGCCUGCCUAUUGUUGUUGUACGCACAGAAAAGAACAGUCUCAAUAACCGCUUCCUUCCCUGGGACGCCGUGGAAACCGAGGCCAUCCUCUCCAUUGAUGAUGAUGCUCACCUUCGCCACGAUGAGAUCAUGUUUGGGUUUAGAGUGUGGCGUGAAGCCAGGGAUCGCAUCGUGGGUUUCCCUGGGAGGUAUCACGCGUGGGAUGUCAACCAUCAGUCCUGGCUCUACAACUCCAACUACUCCUGCGAGCUCUCCAUGGUCCUGACAGGAGCUGCGUUCUUCCACAAGUACUACGCAUACCUGUACUCCUACGUGAUGCCCCAGGCCAUCAGGGACAUGGUGGACGAGUACAUAAACUGCGAGGACAUAGCCAUGAACUUCCUGGUCUCUCACAUCACCCGCAAACCACCUAUCAAGGUAACCUCCCGUUGGACUUUCCGCUGCCCCGGCUGCCCUCAGGCCCUUUCACACGAUGACUCGCAUUUCCACGAACGCCACAAGUGCAUCAACUUCUUUGUGAAGGUAUAUGGCUACAUGCCACUGCUGUAUACGCAGUUUCGUGUGGACUCUGUGCUGUUUAAGACUCGUUUGCCCCACGAUAAGACCAAAUGCUUCAAGUUCAUCUAGCGCAGGGCUGAGCAACUCAGCAGAGACCCAAAAGCAGAGCGGAUUGAAGGACGGGAAUUCCAGCACAAACUCAACGCGGCAAUAAAGAUGGAUAGAUUAACUGUAGGGGAUGUGCACAGGCGAAAACUUUUGGUUUUGGAUUAACAGCAUUAGAUGGACCAGUUAACCUCAACGGCUGUUGUUCUCAAAGUUUAAAGAGUGGAAACGGAAAGGAACUACUGUCAAGAAAUGAAGCCUUUUCUGCUUCUUUUUACUCUUUAAUCAUGUUCAAUCAUCAACCACUAACUACAGAUGUCAUUUGCACCUCUUACCUGCCUGCUGAGAAAAGGAGGCGGUUGUACACAGUGUACAAAAACUCACCCAGGUUAAAACUCUACCUAAUCAUGGCGUCAAGUAACUGACAGACUGAUGCCAACGAAUAGUCUCAGCUGAGAGUGACUUACAGUUUCAAACUGUACUUCCUGUACAUGUAUGUGAAAGAAGCACUGAUGGUCAGAUGUAUUUUAUUGAACUCUUUCUUUUUUUUAAACUAAUGUUUAAUUGUGUAAAUCUGUAUGUGAAGUGAACAUUUUCCAAAACUUCUCCCUAUGAGAAUUUAGACUGUACUUCAGGUGAUGAGUAGAACCCGCUCACCCCAAUCAUGUUUUAGCAGCAUAAAGUGCUCAAGAGGGAAUUCACUUCAGCGGUCACCAUAAUGCCUCAAAUCUGUCAUGAAAACCAGCUAUCACCUUUGUCAUUUUGUUACGCUUACCUAAACUGCACACCGCGCGCGUGGAAAAGACAUUUUUUUUAUUCUGUGGCGUGUUUACUGUUUGUAAAAUUGGUCUGAGGUUAAAUAAGUCAUGUUUAAAUGUUGUAAUGAUGACCAAACACUUACAAUGUCCCAUUUUAAGAAUGACAGCUGCCAAAAACAACAAAAAAAACAGGCUUUGACAUUCUAUUAAUGCAGAAUGUUCUCAGUUUAUUGUACCGUUUGGAUUAUGUUGAAAACAUAAAAUGAGUAGUCAGAAAACUGAUUAAUGCUUGCUUGUUUUCUAGUGGAGAUCAAUAAAUCCACCUCGCCAGCUAAAAUAGGAGCAAAUGGUGCCCUUUGUCAGAAAAUAACAAAUGCCACCCAGUAGCACCACUAAAGCUCACUUAUUUAUAUAUUAUGCCUCAUUUUAUUGCAAUAUUGUCACAGUAUUUCAGGGCUCUUAAACAGUUGCCAGGCAACAUGCAGGCUCUCCUGGAAGUUAAUGGUCCCAAUCAAGAAGUACUCAUACAACCAUAAGUUGUCACUUUUAUUCUUUGCUUCCAACAAAUGAGAGCUAACGUGUUAAUAUUUAGAUCUUAUUGCUACUGUUCUAGUUUUUAACAAGCUGUCUUCUCAUGUAAUGCUCCACCAGAAUGCAAAGAAGCAUUGUCCCACAAACAUAGAAGAGUAUUUUACAAUGUACUGCUAGCUCUGACUUUGCAAAAUAAGCAUUAGAUACUUCUCAUCAUGUUCAGGUUUCCCUCGGACAGAAACGUUUCAGGGACAGUGUGGGUUGUACUUCGGUUUCUAUCCUUGCUUAAUGAAUGUUUUCUUUGCCAAAUAGGUACGAUGUCUGCAGCUUUACAGCAAAGUUUGCAGGGUGUUUGCUGAAGGGAUGCAGCCUGGUACAUCCUCAUCAACCCUGUAUGGUACUUCAAAUUAUAGGAGCUUAACCCAUCUUGUAUUUAAAAGAUUCUUUGACGAUCUCAGCUCCUGUAAUCUUAACAAAAAUCUAACUUUAAAAAACAGAGUUGGUAGUGUUUUCUCCAGUUUUUUUUUGUUUUUUUUUUCUGUGAGGAUGCUUUUAUGAAACACACUUUCACAAGUAAAUGAUUCUUGUAUAUUUAUUGAAUAUAUUAUUAAAAAAGAUUUUUUUAAAACUGAUGAGACAUGCAAUAAAAUGUCAAGACAU